GCUGGCUCAGGAAUUCUGGGAGUUGAAGUCCAGGAGUCAUAAAAGAGCCAAGGUUGCCUACCCCUGGCCUAUACUGUCGUACUGACCUGGAGGUUGUUAAGUUACCAAUUUGGCAGGCAGGCAGAAAUUCAGGGUACGUGAUGGUGUUUGUGUUUUUCUUCUGAGCAAGCAGGGUGGGCUAGAUCCACACCUCAGGCUAAACCACAAACCACGAUCUACAUGUUUUGGGGGUCAAGUCUGGCCAUUAAGCUACGCUACAGAUAAAGAAAAAAUUGUGGCAUAAUAUGUAUGUGACCCCACCAGAAAGGCUUCUUAAUUGCAUUGCCAUGUUAUAGUCCAAUUUGGAAAGCAUGAUUGACAGUUUUAAAACAAGCUCUAAUAUGUCAGUGAAGCUUGUUAUCCUUGCUUUGCUUCUUAAAACUUUUUUAAAAAUCAUUGUAAUAGGAAACCAGAUUGGUUUCUCUUGCUAAGAAGGAGACGUGAUUGUCUCUUUUGUGGCUUACAAAACAGAAUUGUAUGAUUCUCUGCAAAUGAUUGCCCAAAUGGAUUAAGUAAUUCGCAUUCAGUGUGUAGGUAGCCUUUGUGGUAUACCAAAGAAUAUUCAAUUUGUAACUUCCUUGUUACUAAACACGAACAUGACCCAUUCAUUGGAAUGCAUCCUCUUGGGCGGACUAGGACAAAAAACUUAAAUAUUAGUCAUUUAAUGAUGCAUUCCGUGUGAUUUGCUCCCCAAUACAUAGCAUUUUUAUUUGAGUUCAGUAAAAUACACAUUCAGUAUACAUGAAUAUGUUUGUUUCUCUGGAUUCCAGCAUCAUAAAUGGAAAAACUGAUUAAUAGAUUUCAGAUUUAGUGCAUAAAUGUUUUGUAUUUUUUUCCCCCCAGGUUUUAGAAAUUUGGAGUGCAGGAACAUGUCUCAGUCUGGAGAAAAAGUAAAGUUUUCCGACUCGGCUGGAUACGUGGGUUUUGCCAAUCUUCCCAACCAAGUUCACCGGAAGUCGGUUAAGAAAGGGUUUGAAUUCACCCUCAUGGUUGUCGGAGAAUCGGGUUUGGGAAAAUCCACUUUAAUUAACAGUUUAUUCCUGACGGAUUUGUAUCCUGAACGUUACAUCCCUGGAGCUGGAGAAAAGAUCGAAAGGACAGUUCAGAUCGAAGCUUCGACUGUCGAGAUUGAAGAGCGAGGGGUCAAGCUGCGUCUGACCGUCGUGGACACUCCAGGCUACGGAGAUGCCAUCAACAGCCAAAAUUGUUUCAAAACCAUCAUCCAUUAUAUCGACAAUCAGUUUGAAAGAUACCUUCACGAUGAGAGCGGCUUGAAUAGACGCCAUAUUGUAGACAACCGAGUCCAUUGCUGCUUUUAUUUCAUUUCCCCUUUUGGACAUGGACUAAAACCUUUGGAUGUGGAAUUCAUGAAGGCGCUUCAUGGAAAAGUGAAUAUAGUUCCAGUCAUAGCGAAGGCAGACACUUUAACUUUGAAGGAAAGGGAACGACUGAAGAGAAGGGUGUUGGAUGAAAUAUCUGAGCACGGCAUCCGAAUUUACCAACUGCCCGACGCUGAUUCCGAUGAGGAUGAAGAGUUCAAAGAACAGACAAGGGUCCUGAAGGCCAGUGUUCCUUUCGCUGUGAUCGGGUCCAACCAGCUAAUUGAAGUGAAAGGAAAAAAGAUCCGAGGCCGCCUCUACCCCUGGGGGGUGGUGGAAGUGGAAAACCCUGAACACAACGAUUUCCUCAAGUUACGCACGAUGCUGGUGACACACAUGCAAGAUCUCCAAGAGGUAACUCAGGAUUUGCACUACGAAAACUUCCGGUCGGAGAGACUAAAGAGGACUGGCAAGCCUGCAGAAGAAGAAGUUAUGGACAAAGACAGGAUCCUUCAGCAGAAGGAGGCUGAGUUGCGUCGUAUGCAGGAGAUGAUCGCCCACAUGCAAGCCCAGAUGAGGAUCAAACCUGCGGACGAGUAAGGAGGAGGUCUCCUAAAUCUUCUGAUGUGGGGAUGCGACGGUCUUAAGAAAAAGGGGCCAUGAAUUCAAAUUGAAUUUCAUCGAUGACACUAAUGGAUUUGAGAGGUUCACGCUUGGAUACCGGAUCAGGAUACGACCCAGUGCAGCUAAAAAACCUUGAAAUUCCUAUUGGAGAAAAAAAAAAUAUCUGUCCACGGAUACGUAUAACGUUGCUUCUGUCUUCUUUCACGUCUUGCUAUGCAUGAAUGCAGCAUCACAAUAUGGAACCUAUUUUUCCCCCUCCUUUUAUCCUUCGAUGUGUCUCUUGCAUUGUUUAAAAUCCACCCCCCCAGUUAACAUGGCAUGUCAUAUCUGCUAAGCUUUUAAAAGCAGGAAUUAUUCCUUUUUUUCUCUCUCUCUUCCGCCCAGGUGGCUCUUGAUACGUUUCUACCUUUUUUUUUUUUAAUUUCUUCCUUCAUUAAGCAAAUUUCUGAAUCUGUACUAUAAGCUCUGCCGGAACUAUAUUUUCAGUUAGACUUGGCCAAUUCUUCUGAACUUUGUAAGUUGUAUAUACAUUUAUUUGCAGCCGUCGGUGAGUUUAUAGCAUUCUUCUCUCCGCUUCUUAAAAAAAUGUUUGUCAGUCACAAGAGGAUCAAAUUCUUCCUUUCUGGUGCUCCCUUAAAUAAAUAAAUAAAUAAAUAAAUAAAUAAAUAAGAUACGGUACAGAACAGAAAAACUAUACCUCACCAGUGAUGUGAAAAAUUUGGAGAGUUUCACCCACCAUGCCUUAAAAAUCAUGGGGAGGACACGCCGUCUUUUUUCUUAAAGAAAUUUCUAAAUUUCUUUCUUAAAAAAAAAAAAAUCGCUCAUGGAUUUUUUUGGGGUAUUAGAUUCUCACUGUGUUUUCUAUCAAAUUUCAGUUGAGAGAACAAUGAUAUAAAUCCUCAAAAGGUUUUGUAGGCAUCACGACACUAAUUUUCUGGACCGUUUUUGUAAUAAAUGGAAUCCACCUGUGAAAACUC